AUGACUGGGUGUCGGUCAAAAGCUGAAGCCGGCAGUGCGCCUCCUCCACCGCCGCCGCCUCCUCUUCCCGGCCGAUUGGGAAGCACACCGACUCCCAGUGUUCCUUCAAUCAAGCGGCCAACUGUGGCACCGAUUGGUCCCAGAGGUUCAUUUCUAGUGGAAUUGAUAACCUACAACGGAGCACCUUUUAAAAACCACUGGGCAUACUGGGUCCGCUCACAGAGUGAUCCCGACAUCGGGGUCCAGUUGCACGCCACUGGAGAUGUAAGAAAUGGAUUUUCACUCGAAUUCAAGCGAAGCCAUGACCUAAGAGAUACUGGAAAUAUCCCUUCUUCAAGAAUUCCGUUGCAGUGGGUUGAUAGCCGGUACUUUGAUGAGAAAGCAAUGCUCAAUAACGGCAUUCACAAGCUCGAUACCGUGCCGGUCUGUAUGUUUGAGGCCUCGGCAAGCAAGGUUGAUGCGCCUGGGAAGACACUAAACUCAGUCAGCACCACGCCUUACUCGAGAAGUACGGUUAAACAACGAAACUGCCAGACCUGGAUCGUUGAGUCGGCAGAUCAACUUGUCAAGGAUGGAAUUUUCAAUUUAGAGACUGCGGCCUAUCUUCGCAGUGUCGAACAGUGA